AUGGCCACAUCCGAGAACUUGGUCGCAUUGCAGACCGAGCAAAGAAAUGCAAAGAGUCUCGAUAUUGAUCAGGUCUCGACCGUUGAGCUCUGCCGAAUCAUCAAUGCAGAAGACGCCACUGUUCCGGAGGCCGUGUCGAGAUGCAUUCCUGUUAUCGCGACGGUCAUUGACUGCCUAGCUGCCAGAGUUCAGGCUGGGGGCAGAGUGAUAUAUGUUGGCGCUGGCACUAGCGGAAGACUUGGUGUUUUGGACGCCUCAGAGAUUCCACCCACAUACUCUGCCCCCGAGGGUCAGUUUGUGGGCAUCAUCGCCGGUGGAGAUGCAGCCCUGCGACACGCGCAAGAAGGUGCAGAAGACGACCUGGACGCCGCCGUCCGAGAUCUGAAGGCGCUUCACAUGGACGGAGCCGUUGAUUCAUUGAUCGGCAUCGCCGCGUCUGGUCGCACGCCUUACGUGCUGAGCUGCCUGUCCUAUGCUAAGAGUCUCGGUUGCGCGACGAUCGGCGUGGCUUGUGCCCGGCCUUCUGCCAUGAGCACCAGCGGCGACGUGGAUUUCAUGAUUGAUGCCGUUGUCGGACCUGAGGUUGUGACGGGCAGCACGAGAAUGAAGGCCGGGACGGCGACGAAGCUGGUUCUGAACAUGCUCAGCACGGGGGUCAUGAUCAAAAUUGGGAAGACGUACGGAAACAUGAUGGUCGAUCUCAGAGCGACAAACUUAAAACUGCAGCAGCGAUCGCGAAACAUACUGCGCACCAUCUGUGGCGCUCGAUGUCCCGACUCGGACGCAAGUUUAGAUGCCCUCCUCUCAAGCUGCCAGGGAAGCGUCAAGCUCGCCAUUGCCACAUUGGGUCUAGGGACCUCAGUCGCAGAGGCGAAGCAGCGCUUGCAAGAGGCGGGCGGCGUCCUGGCUAGUGUCCUGAGGGAGCCUAUCAAUGGAUGUGUAAAGGGGCAAACAGCAACAACGACGACAGACAGCAGCCAUGCUCCAGAAUAUGUGCUUUGCGUGGAUGGCGGUGGGAGCAAAUGCGCCGCCGUCGUGAUCUCUACAGACGGGCAAAGAGGAUACGGCGAAGGACCCGGUUGCAAUGUCACCGACGUCGGCGUCGAGGCUGCCAUUCAAUCGAUAUCUGUGGCGAUCCAAAGAGCAUGCGAUGACAGGCACUCCAGAGCCCGAGCCGGGGUACCGUGGACUCCUGACCUGUUCUCAUCUGUCUGGAUCGCCCUCGCCGGCUACGACCGGAAAGAAAUCGCAGCCACCGUCGACCGCGUGCUGGCACAGCUCUUCCAGCGGCCCCUCGGUGCCACAUUGACCGUCACCAAUGACAUUGAACUGCUGGCGACGUCAGCAGCGGCGAAACACGAUAGCGACGCGGCAAUUGUGCUCGUCGCCGGCACUGGAUCAAUCGCAAUGACUUUCAAGCGCCAGGAGGGGGGCCGAUUCGUCCGCGUCGGCAGGUCAGGAGGUUGGGGUCAUCUUCUCGGCGACGACGGCUCGGGCUUCGAUAUCGGGCGACAGGCCAUCCGUCUUGCACUGUCCGCCGUUGACGAAAUCAACAACAACAAUGGCCAACCCAGCUUAGACGCGGACAAGGCGCGGCUCCGCACCCCGACCGCGCUCGUCCAGCGAGUGUGUGACUCGCUCAGCCCCAGCAGCGGCGGGGACACGGGGGACUUGGACUUACUGAGCUCCGUCCUAUCCCCUUCCUCGGACGUGGAGAAGAAGAAACAGAUCGCGCAGGUCGCCCGGCUUGUGAUCGACGCAGCAAGCAUAGAAGGUGAUGUACAAGCAACAGACAUCGUCCGAAAGGCCGUCCAGAGCCUGGUUAAGCUGCUGGAUCCACUCACCGGGUCGGGACAGGCUGAUAUCACAGCAUCCAGCCUCGUGUUGGCCGGCGGCUUGAUGCAGAGCCGGGCGUUUGCGGACGCAUUUCAGGAAGCCCUGUCCACGACCGGGUUCCAGUUCAAGCAUGUCGAAGUGGUCCAGCAGCCGGCGAUUCUGGGCGCCGAAUACUUGGUGCGAAUGCAACAACAGGGCAGAGCUUGA